GGAGGACCGCCCGCCGCCCACAGCCCCGCCGCCGCUAACUUUGCUUCUCCGCAAAGAGCCGCCCUCCGGCAAACAGAGGGUCGGCGGAGCCGGCGUCCGAGCCGGCCCCAGCGAUGAAGGGCCGGCGACGGUGGCGAGGCGAACAUCGCCGCUUCGCCGCGGUGCUGGUGCUGUACACGCUGCUGCUGCUCCUGCUGGUGCCCUACGCGCUGGACUACGGGGCCAGGCGCGGGCGAGUGGACGAGGAGCCGCUGCUGCGGCGCUGCCCAAGCCUGGAGGAGGCUCUGAGUGAGUGGGGCUGGGAGCAGCGACCGCCGCUGGACGAGGAAGAGGAGGAGGAUGAGGGGGGCACGGCCGGGGCGGCGGGUAACGGCAGCGCGGGGAAGCGGCACAUCUACCUGCACGCUACCUGGCGAACGGGCUCCUCUUUCCUCGGGGAGCUCUUCAACCAGCACCCCGACGUCUUCUACCUCUACGAGCCCAUGUGGCACCUUUGGCAGGCGCUCUACCCGGGGGACGCGCUGAGUCUGCAGGGAGCCCUCCGCGACAUGCUGCGCGCCCUCUUCCGAUGCGACUUCUCCGUCCUGCGCCUCUACACCGCCCCGUCCGGCCCCCGCGACCCGCUGGCCCCCGCCCCGCCCGCCGCCGACAACCUCACCACGGCCAGCAUCUUCGGCUGGCGGACCAACAAGGUGAUCUGCUCGCCGCCGCUCUGCCCCGCCGCCCCGCGGCCCCGCGGGGAGAUCGGCCUCGUCGACGGCGCAACCUGCGAGGAGACGUGUCCGCCGCGGGCGCUGCGGGAGCUGGAGGCCGAGUGCCGCAAGUACCCGGUGGUGGUCAUCAAGGACGUGCGGCUGCUGGAGCUGGGCGCGCUGCUGCCGCUGCUGCGGGAGCCCGGCCUCAACCUGCGGGUGGUGCAGCUCUUCCGCGACCCCCGCGCCGUCCACAACUCCCGCCUGAAGGCGCGGCAGGCGCUGCUGCGGGAGAGCGUCCAGGUGCUGCGCAGCCGCCACCGCACGGAGCCGCGGGGCCCGGCCCGCCACCAGCAGCAGCAUCUGCUGCUGCCGCCCGGGCUGCUGGGCGGAGGGCGGCCGCCGCAGCCGCAGCACCGCGCCGAGUUCUUCCUCGGCGGCGCGCUGGAGGUGAUCUGCCAGUCCUGGCUCCGCGAUCUCCUCCUGGCCCGGCGCGCCCCGGACUGGCUCCGCCGCCGCUACACGCAGCUCCGCUACGAGGACCUGGUGCGGGAGCCCCGCGCCGAGCUGCGCCGCCUGCUGCGCUUCGCCGGGCUGACGGUGCCGCCAGCCCUGGAGGACUUCGUGCUCAACAUGACCCGCGGCGCCGCCUACUCCUCCGACCGGCCCUUCCUCAUCUCCGCCCGCGACGCGCGGGAGGCCGUGCACGCCUGGCGGGAGCGCCUCAGCCGCCAGCAGGUGCGGCAGGUGGAGGCGGCGUGCGGAGAGGCCAUGAGCAUCCUCGCCUACCCCCUCAGCGCCGGCGACGCCCGGUAGCGCCCGAGCCCCGUGUCCCGUGUCCCGGACGGGCCCGAGGGCGGACGGACGGGCAGAGCCGUCGGGCAGAGCUGAGCGCGGGGCUCACCGCUGGCAUGGUAGGCACAGCUUGGUGGGCCGGGCGCUCCCUCGGGGGCAGCUCCGGCUGAGGGACACCCUCCUCGCCUCGGGUACACGCAGCGCUGCAGGGUCCCGGCCCCCCGUGCCGCUGUGGCGUAUCGUGGCUGUGUUCCUUCUGGGCUGGGUGAAGAGGGCAGGGGGAAUGUUUUAUUUACGAAAAGGGUUUGGUGAGAGGUGUCUUCCGAGUACGGCAUCACUCUUGGAGCCUUUUAGCGUGAAACCGUGGUCGUGUACAAAGCACAGGUAUGCUACAAACAAACUGCAUGAAAAUUUUAAAAUCCCCCAGGUGAACACUCUCAGCAAGGAACUAGAGGGCCUGGAAGGUGCUCCUGUGAGAGCAUUGCCCUUCCGGAGCUCUGAAUCACACUGACCUCCAUCCUACUGCUACUGAAACACAAGAGGCUUCUGUGAAGUCACUGCAGGGGUCAGCAGGGGCCUGGGCAGUCAGGAAGGUGCCUGCUGCAGGGCAGGACUCAGCUCUGCUGCUCCAAACCUGCUCUGCAGGGAAGGUCUCUGCCCCUGCUUAUUGCUGGUGCUGUAGGGAGGGUGCUGAGGGAAGGGGAACCAUGUCCAACUCUGUCCAUCAUUCCGAGCAGCAGGGUAAGCGGUCAUGCAGGGAGGGUAAGCAUUCGCCUGCUUAUGUGUUUUGAAGAUGUUCAUGGCAGAAAUCUUUGCUUUUCUAAAGAAAUCUGUAAUUGUGUUGAAAGUAGAAUUUUUUAUAUAUAUAUAUACAUAUAUUGAUAUAAUUUGGUGACACUCAUGUGAGAUACAGGUGACUACCAUGUUUCUUUGGAACAUAUGUAGGGGUGAAUGGAACUAGAAGGCAAAUGCUUGAUGUUUCCGUUUUGUUUUCUUUGUCAGAUGAGAGAAUCCCUUUUCUUCCCUUGCUUCCAGGCUGACACAUUGUGCCGUGCUCAGGGUUCUCCUGAUCACAUCCCUUCCAAACAAUAACAUCCUCUCAGCUGGCAAUUCCUGGACAAAAGCAAAUGUUUCCUAGGACAAAUUAAUCAUGAAGUUCCCAAAUAAAAUCUUACAUUAAAAACAAACAAAUGAAACAAACAAACAAAAACCCCUGAAGUUUUAUUUUGUAUUUUAAAAUGAUAUGUUCCUGCAGAUAUCCUGCAACUUGUGCAAAAAGAGGGUGUGUGUUUAUCUGCAAGUACCUUUGUUUCUUAAUUUCUUGAUGUGGGGAUAGAAGGUUCAGUUGUAAUUUAGGGAUGCAGUUUCAUAACUUCAUGGAGACUGCUUUUGAAUAUGUUACAGUCUGGUAGUCUUUAAAUGGCCCCACAAGAGUGUGCAGGAUUAUAGAGAUGUUUACAUGUAGUCCUCAAAUACAGACCCAGAAUAUGAGUUUCAAACUGAGGAUAAUCCAGGAUCAGAAAGAAUACAGUAUUUAUAUAAAGUGCUGAAAAUAAAGGCAGUUCGAAGAUGUUGUCAUGGAAGAGGUGUUUGAAUUGCACUGUACUUUUUGUGCUCUGUUAUGCUGCACAGCAUGUCACUAAGUUAGGAUGAACCUUCAUUUAUUUUAGCUUUUUUCCCUUCAUCUGAGCAUAUGUUGGCACAAGAAGCAGGUUUCUUUCAUUAUCUAAAGGAAAAUGUAGUCGUAAAAAUGUUUUUGAACAAAUGAAUCCAUUUCCCUGUAGCAUACUUCAUAUAGUUUUGCAACCUUUGGCUUCUACUUGAAAUAAGAUUUACAGGGUCUUGUUUUGUGCUGGAAAACCUUGUGUAUUAUCUAAGGGAUGUUUCUGCAUUCUCUCACUGUGCCUGUGACACCAAAAUUUGUCUCUGGGUGUUCCAGUGGCAUUUAAUAAUGGUAUUUGUAUAGAUAGACAAUACCUGUACAAUGCCUUGAUAACCUGUGUCAGGUAAUCUAUUUUGGAUGGCUUUUCUGGGACUACAGCCAGUACAGCCUGGCUUGUACUGACAGGUUUGGAAAGAAAUUAAGAUUUUUGUGCAUACCAAAAGAUGAUACGGUACUUAUUUUCUUAAAUUGGAUGGGAGAUUAAAAUCCGGUAUAUCCUGUUGAUUUGUUCUUAGCAAGUUGCAGCCACAGAAUUGUGUGAUGCAACAGUUAAGCAUUCUCCUCACCUUGACAGGGAAUCUCAUUAUGCUCUUUCAGGUGGUAAAUAUCUUUCAUAAGUCUUUCAAAAUUCACACCUAAUUUCACUUAAAAUGGUUCAUCAUGAUGAGCA